AUCGCAAUUUAUUCUGUCAAACUUACUUCGAACAAAAAAAAAACACGUGCAUACCAUUCAGACGUGUAUUUUGACCGCAUGUUGUUUACUACUGAAAUUAAGUUUGAAAAAAGUAAAAAAUCGAUUAUUUUUCAAGUGAAUUUGAUGAAAUAAAAAGCAACGAUAAAAAUGUCGAAGAUUUCAACAUCUUUAGCGGAUCAAUUGCGUCGGUUGAAGACACCUCAAUCAACGUUAUUGACCGAUAGUAAGAAGCGUGCUUCAAUUUUGUUCAGUCCAAAAGAGGCGGCCGAAAAGGAUCGUGAAACCAUUUUUGACAUUGGAUACAGUGGUUUUGAAGAUUUAAUCAAAUUGAACCCAUCAUUUUUGCAAUUUGAAUCGGCAUUGUUCGACAAAAAUGCGCGUGAAAUGCAGCGAGCCAUCGAACACAAAGAGGUGAACCGGCAAUUGAAAGAGGUUAUCAAAAAGUUUCUCAUCCAUUUAUCGCCGUAUUUGCUGUUGCAACCGUCACACAAAUGCUUGGAAUGGUUGAUUCGUCGGUUCAACAUCAAUGAAUAUGAAAAGAGUGAGUUUAUGAUGCUGAUUUUACCGUAUCACGAAACGACCAUCUUCGUGAAGUGCCUGCAAACGAUGAAUUUAAGCGAUCCAAGUGAUUUGUGGCAUUGGUUGGAACCGGUGAAAAAAAAUGGUGUUCCAUUGUCAAAACAAGCGCUGCUAAAUCGUGUGGCUAGCGACAGUUUCCUCAUGUCAUUCGUUUGCGAGGCAAUUGUUUACGCUGUAAACGAACUUGGAGUACGGUCACAUACGCUUCAAGUUUACUAUGCAUUCUUCUGUACAUCCGUCAUUGGUGCAUUGGACAUUGCCAAAAUCAACGAGUCCCACAUUACCAACAUUUAUAGAGCCAUUCGAAAGGGAGUCAAGUCAACGUCGAUCGAUUUUUGUGCCGCAUCACUCAUGAUCAUCGGUCAAUUGGUGAAUAAAGUCAAAUUAAAGCGCGAUAUUCUGGAUGCACUCGUUAAUAUGCUGUUGGAAAAAGUGCAACACGCCAAAUUACAACAAGAUGUGAUCAUUUUGCUGGUGCUCAUCUAUCGCAAUCAAAACGAAACCAUCGAUGACAUUUCGGAAGAAUGCUUAACCAAAUUGCUAGUGAACAUCAAGUGGUUGCCUCCGGUUUUGUCAAAGAUUUACAGCGAAGACGUCAAUAUUUUACCAUUUUAUUUGCCACUUUUGUCCGCCUGUCUCAAGCACAUUCAACUGAAGGUCGGCAGCUGGAAGAAAUGCCGCAAAUUCUGUGAUUCACUGCUUUCGGAGAUUUUCUUCAAGGCCGAGCAUGCUGAAAGAGUCAUUCGUUGCACUUUGGACUCGUUCAUCUUAACGGAGAAAAUCGACGAUUCCAUCAUCGAAAUCGAAUCGGGCAAUGAAGAUGAAGAAAUGGAAGCGACUGACAAGGGAAUCACCAAAUGGUAUACGAACACUCUAAAAGCGCUUGAGCGUCGUUAUCCAAACACUUUCGAUGCGAUUGUAAAGGAGAUCGUUCGAUCGGAUAACAAAUCCAUGAGUGAACUAAAAAAGCGUUCGCUGAAGAAAGUGUUGAGUUUCUUAUUUACAAUCGUUUGUGCCGAUGACAAUGUGAAUCUAUUCGAAAAGCUAUACCAUUACAACGCUCAGCAGCGCGUUGAAGCCAUUAAGUAUUUGGUGAAAAACUUGAGCAAAAUGAGUUUCUCCGACGAUAGCAAGAGUUUGCUAAAGGGCAGCAUUGCUGAACGGCUCAGCGAUGAUUCACCGUUGGUAGUAAAAGAGGCGCUUAAAUUCGAUAGUACAGCCUUGCUACGAUUCAUGACCAAGUCGGAGUUGCUGAAGAAAUAUGUGAAUAUUUUGGAGCAAACAUUGAAAAAUCCAAAGGCUUGGGAGAGCACCGCUUUGGAAGCCGUUAAACGUUUGUGUGAAUUGUACUUAAAGAGUUUUCCGAUUGAAAUUUUAGUCGCAAUUUUGCCAUUAAUUCUGCAACCAUCUGAACUUAGCGCCGAUUUUUUGCGUAAAGUGUUCAACUCGAAUUUCGUCAAACGCAUGGAUUUGAUCAAAGAGUGUAAAAAUGCAACGGCAGGCACUGGUGAUGAUAAAGAAGCGAUGAUGGCAGAAAUUGUGUCGGUGUUUGAGUCGAAGAAAGGUAUGCCAGCCACGAGAGCAGUACUGAAUUUCAUCAAGACAAUUGGUGACGAAGACCUCACAUUGAAUAAAGGAUUUUAUUCCAUGUUUUUGCUCUACCAUUCGUAUUCAUAUAAAUAUUCGAGAUUGACAGAGAAACAACAUUUGGCCGAAUGCAACGAUAUUUUCAAUGUAAUCGAACGAUUCGAGAAACAAUUCAAAACAGGCAGUACAUCGGAUAGUUCGAAAUGGACCAGUUUGGUUGCCAGAGGCAUUUAUCCGUUGAAUAUUCAUAUUGCGAUUGCCAAUAAUGUCAUCAAUUCAUUGGUAGAAUUUGUUAAAAAAGACGAAUUCAAGAAUAAAUCCAUUGAAUUCAACGAGCCCAUCAAUAUUUUGUUUGUUUUGCGCCGCAUCUUUGAGUAUUUCGUUUCGAAAAUGAGUCGCAGUCAAUCGAAAUACGCUUUGUUUGGUGAGGGUUUGACGUUUUUCUUUGGACAAUUGUUGGUCGAACCACAAAAACGCAUCGAGUUCUUGUCGAAUUAUUUCACAAUCGACGUAUUGUACCCGGAACCAAGAGUGGGAAUACCAAGCUCCAUUUCCAUCAAGCAUCAAAUUUUCAUAAUCAACUACUUCAAUUCGUUGUUCCAAUCCGAAGAGAGUGAUGUUAAAGGUGUUCAACUCACACUGGAACCGUUCAUCCGCAUAUUGAACGCCCUUCGUUCACCAAAUAGCGAAGUACGUGAAGCUGCUUAUGAAACACUAGUCAUUUUAAAAUCCUCGAAUCAAUCGAAAUACAAAACUCUAAUUUCGAAGCUUAUUCGUCGCCAGAGUGAAAUUCUAAUGGAUGACAAUCAACUGCCAUUGAUUUUGUUCAAGAUUUUUGAUAAAAAAUCAUCCAGCGAACUCAACGACAACUUGAUGGAAUUCAUGGAGUUUAUCGCAACAACGAAAGACAACGAAUUUUUGGUGGCUCAAUUACUCGAAGCAUUGACUCACGUGAACAAUGAAGAUAUCCUCAAAUCGAUUGCCAGCACCGCAACCAACAUCUUAACCAAUGCUCACGACGAAAUGUGCAAAUCGGCCAAGAAAGUGCUUUCGUUGGAUUGUUUCAAGUCCACUAUUGUUCGGAAUAUUUUAUCACGUUAUACACAGCAAACGAUUAAAAUUGUGAACAAGGUGUCGGGCACUUGGCAGGUAUUGCUCAAAUCGGCCGAAUCGUACGGUGUACUAUUAAAGGGAAAGACGAAAGAAACAUCGAUCACAAAUGUCACCGUCGAAGUGUUCAACAAUGAUUUAUUCAAUGAACUGUCCGAAGCACAUCAAAAGCAAUUUAUUGCGGCGCUUGUGAAUAGUGCAACGUAUGCAGAAAAUGCCGGACUUUACACCAAUAUCAGUAAAUUCUUCAAACAAAUUCAACUCAAUGCCAAAAUUUGUGUGGGCAUUCUGGAUGAAAUGGCCAAAACCGAACGUGGCGAUGCAAUGGAAAUGGAUACGAUGCCAACCACUAUACGUCAACGUCGAAACUCACAAAGCGCCAGUGACAGCGGUGCAUCGGCCGAACUACUAAAAUUGAAGUCAUGGAAACGAGGUGUCACUUGGUUAGAGUUCUUACAAAACAAAAAAGACAUCAAUAAUCCACAUCUUAUGAUUCCAUCACUGUUUGCCGUUCUACAAAAGUGUCUGCAGUUUGAGGAUCAAUCGAAUGUGGAAUAUGUGAAACAAUUGUCACUUGCUUGCAUUCAUCAUUUGUGCGUUAUCAUCGCACCGGACGGAAAAGUCGAAAGAAACGCGAUUUCGGAGAAGAAUUUCAAAAUUGAACCGGUUGUUCAGUGCAUUCGAGGCACUCAAAACCCACAAACACAUCAUCAUGCAUUGCAGUUGCUAUCGCAUUCAGCUCGCAUGUUGCCCGAGCAAGUGCUUCAUAAUAUGAUGGAUAUUUUUACAUUCAUGGGCUCGUCCGUGGUCCGUCACGAUGACGUCUACAGUUUCCAAAUAAUCACAAACAUCAUAUCAUCGAUUAUCCCAACGUUGACUCGAGUGAAUGAGCAUAAAUCAGAAGCUGAACGCAAUGAACGCGUAAUGCCUGUGCUCAAAGUCUUUUCCGAUAUCAUUCUUGAUGUUCCGGAGCAUCGUCGUUUGCCACUUUACACAAAACUGUUGGAAACUUUGAAUGCCGAUAACUAUCUGUGGAUGUUCCUAGCCAUUUUGGUUGAGUCUUACAUUACUCACUUCAAACCGGAGAUUGAAAAGACCAGUCGUCAGAGUUCCACAUUGGCUAUUGAAUUACCUCAGCGGAUUGAAAUUGCAUUGGCUCUAACAAAGGAGUUUAGUUGCAGAACAAUCAUUGUGACAGCCACAAAAUUGACGGCCUUUUUGCAAAAGUUGCCAAUUAACCGGCCAACCAAUGCCUCAGAAAAGGUGCCCGCAGAAGUGUCCGCAUUAUUUAAUAUAAAUGCAUGGACAAACAGGCAGUUCCGUCACUUCAAGUAUGAAAUUGUCAAAUUCGUCAAUGCCCUGACUUCGUCGGUUGAGUUUGUAAACAAAGUAGCCGUGCUCAGUGAUGAUGAAGCAACUGACAUGAAGGAAUACUAUCAAGAUUCAAUUAUCAGCAUCCUGACCUAUAUCCCAAUAAUAUCCAAAGCAACGGAACAAAUGGUCGAAAGUAACCAUGCGGAUUAUUGGAAAGCAAUGCUUCACAAUUGCUUCGACAUUUUGGAGAAUGUCAUCUCACUGCUGUCGUCGAAUGUGCUACUGGUUGUGGUGCACGGCCUUUUGUCGCAUAAAUUAUCGAGCGUCAGACGAAGAGUUAUCGAAUUGUUGAUUAAUAAAUUGCAACGCAACCCGGAGAUAUUCAGUGAAGAGAAUGAAAAGGACUUGGUUUCGUUGUUGGCGCCGCUUACCAAGAUCAUCGAAUCAAUCAUCGACGAGAAGAAGCUGGUGCAGAAUGCGUCGUCCGUCGAAAAUACCGGCAUACAGCAAAUGGCGUUGAUGGCUGUAAAAAUGUUGUCCAAGCAAUUGGCCGAAAAGCAUCCAAAGGAUUUCAAGCACAUUGUUGAAACACUCAUCGAUGUGCUGCGAAAGAGUGAAAAAGUACCACGUAUCCUAUUGGCCACCGUACUUUUGUGCUUGUGUGAAAUUUGUGCCAAUCUUCGAGUGCAUUCGAUUGCCUACUUGCCAAGUUUUAUGAAAAUUUUCUUGGAAAUAUUGAAGGGCUUCACAAAGCCGGAGAAUGUGAGCAAUGACAAUGUACUGAUAUGCCUAGUUGCUGGGCUAUUGAAAAUUGUCGGUACAUUGGCCUUAUACCUUAGUCCAUAUCUCGUUGAAAUGAUUGUUCGCCUCUCACAAAUCUGGCACAACAUUGAAUCCGAGCUGACGAAAGAUCCGAAACGUGAUUCAUUAAUCGUCGAGCGAUUGAAUGGAAUCUGGGAGAAAUUAUCAACGACGUUGGAGUUGCGUGUUUUGAUUCCAACCAUCAAUCAAAGUUACAAGAAAUUAGUGAAUGAUGAACAAAGCAUUGCCAUUGGCCCAUUGAUGCUGUUGCUAUCACAAACAUUUGACCAACAAGCCGCUGGUAAUAUAUCAAAAUUCAUGCCCGACAUAACAUCAUUCUUUAUCGCCGCACUUCAAUUCCGAUUCGAUCACAGCGACAUCGAUUUUGCCAUUUUGAACGAAUUGGAGAAUAAAAUCAUUAAAUCCUUCCGAGCAUUGACACUGAAGUUGUCCGAAGGAAGCUUCAGACCAUUGUACUAUCGCAUCUAUGACUGGGCAAUAAAGCAAAGUGAUAAAGACCUUGAUCACAUCAUCACCUACUUCCGAUUGUCCGUUGAAAUAUCCAAGUCUUUGAAAACACUAUUCGUACUAUUUGCCAACGAUUUCAUCGACGAUGUGCCAGAAAUUUUGAAUAAAUCUCUGGCAUCGGAAUUGACAAAUCAAAGCGCUGCACUGCAUCAGAAAACUGGACUGUUGAUUGAUAGUGUUGUGGAAACAUUGUAUCAAGUAUUUUUGCAUGACAGUCGUAGCUUCAUAAAUGGUGCACGCUUUAAAGCCAUUCUUCAGCCGCUGGUCGACCAAAUUGAAAAUGAAAUCGUCUUGGAUUCGCCAAAGUCAAUGGAAUUGGUGUCAUCGGCCUUAGCGCAGCUCGGUCAAGUGGUUAACGACGACAUUCAAUGGAAGAAAUUGAACUAUCAAAUUCUCAUGAAGACACGAAACAACGAGUCACGCAUACGCCUCUUCGCAUUGAAAGUGGGUGUAAGUCUUGCGGCAAAACUCGGUGAAGAUUACAUGCCAUUGUUACCCGAAACUGUUCCAUUCAUUUCGGAGCUGUUGGAAGACGAAAAUCCAGAGGUGGAAAAACAAUGCCAGCUCAGCGUACAGGAGCUUGAAACGAUUUUAGGCGAACCACUGCAGAAAUACUUCUAAAUUACACUUCAUUUUCGAAUGAAUUGAAUUUUUUCUGUUUUUCAUACACUCAUCAUUCGUGUAACAUUGUAUUUUAUUUUCACAUACAAAGAAAAAUAAUAAUCGAGUUAAUUUUCAAAAAUA